AAAUCGCAUCAAUUUUUAGUGUGCAAUUAGUUUUUGGAGCGUUUAGAAUUAAAUUUUGUCAUGUUUUUGUGGAAAAUUUGUUGUUUUUUCGCGAUUUUUGUAUCAUCCAGUAAUGGAGGGAACAUUAUCGGGCUUUACACGAUGGAUAUGAAGUCCCAUUAUUUAAUAGCGCAAAAUUUUUUGAAGGAAUUGGCGAAGGCAGGACAUAAUGUGACAGUUUUUACGGGUUUCAAGAGCAAUAAUUUACCACAAAACUAUCGAGAGGUCGUUGUUAAUGUCCCUAGCUUGGAUGAAUUCAAGAAAAGUGUCACCAAAGACGGAUCUUUCCUCAAUUUGAUACUUUCGGUGAACAGUUUUCAGGAUUAUUCGAGAGAUUGUUCGCGAGCAGUUGUUUGGAACGAUGAACUCCAAGCUUUGAUAAACUCCAAAACCGAAGUUGAUUGUGUUGUUAUGGGAUUUAGUGAGAGUCCCGUCCUUUUGGGCAUCAGUAAAGUACUUAAGGCGCCGGUUGUGAUGACUUCCACGCAAAAACUUGCUUAUUUUUUGGAGUAUUAUAUAGGAGCAUUUGCUCAUGAUUCGUUCGUAACUAAUCCAAUGCUCACAGUUGACCCGAAAAUUACUUUUUUCAUUCGAAUGAAGAACACUGUGGUUAAUUGGGUGUUUCGGAUCCUCAUGCGAUUCAAUUUUUGGACCCAAGAAGAUACCUACAAAGAACUUUUUCCGAGUGUAGAAGGCUCGUUAUGGGAUGCGAUAAGCGAUUCAGUUCAACUAAUGCUCGUUAAUAGCCAUUUUAGUCUCGAUCGCCCGAUGCCUUAUAUGACAAACAUGAUCGAAGUUGGCGGGAUGCAGAUUUCAGACGAAAUUAAUGAUCUUCCGAACGAUCUUCAGAAGUUCAUGGAUUCAGCUACAGAUGGCGUGAUCUAUUUCUGUAUGGGAAGUACCUUGAAACUUAAAGAGCUCGACUCGGUAAAGAAAAAUUCCAUCAUUGAAGGUUUAAAAAAGACCAAACUUCCGGUAAUCAUCAAAUGGGAUGACGAAUCAACUAUUCAAGAGUUCAGUUCCAAAACAAAAUUCUUCGCUUCCAAUUGGUUACCUCAAAAUGACAUCCUUGCCAACCCAAAAGUCAAGGCUUAUGUCACUCAUGGAGGUCUCCUAAGUACUACAGAAGCAGUUUAUCAUGGCGUCCCGAUUGUUGGCAUCCCAAUUUUCGGCGAUCAAAGCAACAAUAUCAAAAAAUUCAUGGACUUUGAUAUGGCUGUGCAAGUCGAUUACGCUACCUUGACAGCUGAAUCCUUAUCGUCUGCAAUAAAUCACGUGAUAACUGAUAAAAAAUUCUCUCAAAAUGCCAAAAGCUUAUCCCAAAGAUUUCGCGAUCGACCAAUGACGCCAACAAAAACCGCCAAAUACUGGGUAGAGUAUGUCAUGCGACACAAAAAUCAGGAUUUCAUGAAAUCGCCCGCCAUGAAACUCAGCUUGAUCGAAUAUUUCAACUUGGAUGUGUAUCUGAUGAUUCUCGGAGCUGUUUUGAUCAGCUGUUGUUUCGGAUGGAAGGUGUCGAAAUGCAUUUUUGGCAAAGUUUGGUCCCGGCUCUGCCGGAUCUGCAGGAAAGACCAAAAGGAAGUUUUCAAAGAGAAGAAAUCGUAAAUUUUUUGUCAAUAAAAUUUUUCGUACAAGUCAUGUUUUGAUACUUUUAUCAUUUUUUUUUAAAUAUUGAUAAAUACAAAAUAUUAUC